AUGUCCAUGUCAUCUCAGCCACAACAGCCCGCCGGCGGCGUCGUUUACCCAAACACUGUCACAAGACCACCGCCCAAUUCCCCGUCAUCCCACUCGUCAGAUGGAUCGUUUGGGACGGUGUUCAUCGUCCUGGCUGUUAUUGUUGUUAUAUCAGCUAUAGCUUGCUGUCUCGGACGUCUCUGCAACCGACGCAAUCAGAAACACAAACCCCACAAACAAAGCCACAACUCUCACCCCCGACAAGGCCAAGCGGGGAACAUGGAUUUCCAGCACUCGAUCUCGAAGCAGCAAAGCCACGGCUUUCGUCCCAGAGAAAGGGAAAGAGACAUAGAGUUUGGGUUCGAUAAGAAUAUUGCAGCUUCGAAACCUGCUGGGAAUGGACAAACCAGAGGUUUCAAACAGUUUGGAAAUGGAGACCUCAAGUUUGAACCCAAAGUUGGCGGUGUAUAA